AUGGUAGAAAAACGCGGCAGGAAGAAAGCUUCCUGGAGGGCUUGCUGUAUAGACAGAGUGUCGACGCUGGAGACGGUCGGAAGCAUACCCUUGUCUGGUGUAGAUCCCAUUGGCCGUCUCCUAGCGUUAAGCAUGUUGAAGAGAUCAAUUCACACGACGCUAAGCCGAGAGGGAGAUGCUGGGAGGCUGUGGGAGGAUUCGACUGGCCAGGACUGCCACGUCGAGGCGGUAGGACCGUGGUCAUGUGUGUGUGAACAUGAGGACCAUGGACCAAGCCACAGAGGACAGGCUUCGUCAGUGAGCACCCGGGCGGAAGCCUUGGCUAUCGAGUGGUAUGCCGGGGGCUUGGACGCUACGACCCCCGUCGUGUCUCAGCGCGGCGCACAUGGUUCUGCAGUGCUGAAAACAACGGACAAGACGGACAAGACGGAGCAGGCUGUCGAGCGAGUUGCGCUACCGGCGGGCCCGGUGGCAUCAGCACGGCACACUGGCAAUGGAUGGAGUGACUUUGUCGAGGUCGCGGCAGUCGGUGUGGGCCAGGGAGGCGAUGCCGCUGACUGA